AUGACAAUGGAGAACCUGACCGUUUCCAACAGUUCUGUCUUUACUUCAGCGGGUGUGCUAACCACCAGCACUGUUCUGGGAGUCUGUUGUGCGCUGGGUGUACCAGGUAAUGUGGCAGUGCUGGUAAUGCUCGUCCAACAUUUAAAGGAGGGAAGCUUCACUCCAAAAUUGAUGAUGAGUCUGGCUGUCUCUGAUCUGCUGAGUCUGAUCUUUCUUCCUCUGUGGAUCUAUGCUCUCCUGAACGGUUGGAGUUUUGGCCAAGGUCUGUGCAAGUUUUUCUCCUACGUUGUGUACUGGAGUCUGUACAGCAGCGUGUUUUGCUUGACCCUGAUGAGUGUCCAGAGGUACCUACAGGUUCUGUAUUCGCAGCGGUGGGCUAAGCUUGGAAGACGUGGUGAAAAUGGACUUAUUUGUGGGAUUUGGAUAUUAAGUGGCAUUUUGGGCUCUUAUGCACUCAUUUAUAGAACGGCUGGUCAGAUUAAAAAGAAGAUGCAAUGUUAUCCAGCCUACAGGAAUCAUCAAGAAAAAAUUGCGAUCAUACUAAUGGAGACUGUUGUGCUGUUUUUUUUACCUUUAACAUGCCUCGUCUGCUUCUACCUUCGACUCCAUAAACGUAUAAGUCAGUCGUCUUCUUUCAACAGUCACAGGUUGACAAAACUGGCAGUGAGAAUUGUUGUGACUUUCUUUAUAUUCAGCACUCCCUGUAUGAUCAACAACAUAGUCCAAAUAGCAGUGCCAAAUAAUUUAGAUGACAGCAACGAUGUAACUGGGGCUCUUUUCUUUAUGAACAGUUGCAUGAACCCUUUUCUUUAUGCCUUCUCAGCCCGAACACUACGAUGCAGAGAUAAAGCGCAUUCAAGCCAUUCACACGAUACAAAUCCGAAUGAGUAAAUGCCUCACAUGUCUAAAGUUAUAUCUGGUUGAAUUUGCUAAUUUCUCUCAAUGUAAAACUGGGAAGUACACAAAUACAUUUCAAAUUGUAUUUAGUAUUUUGAUGUGUUCUAACAAGAGAUUUUUCUGUAGAAUAAAAACGUCAUAUUUCUUAUCUCAGAAGCCGAAGUUAAAAUCAGUCAUCACUUGGGUAAUGAAAUGUGGUAAUGCUGAGGUAGAUAUUAAUCUCUUGAAUAGUGCACUGCUCAAUAAGGGAACUUUCCAUCUCUAUUGCUGUAAUUUCCUGUCUAAAUCAUUUCUAUUAUUAUUAUUGUCAUUAU